AAAAAGGGUGGUGGCCACAGUAUUUUCAGCACGUUACUAAACCGGUGAGUGGAGAACGAAGAGCAGCCCUAUAAAUCUCGUUUUCGGUAGUGAAGAGGAGUUCAAUAGCGAUUAAACAUAAAAUGGAGAGGACGGUUAGUCUACCGAACCAGCCUGAGAACACAACUAAAGUCACUCUGGUUGAGAGAAACCCGGCACCCAGUGGGCUGGAACUGGUCAGCUCCUACCAGACCAACAGAGUGGGAGACCCCAUGGAUCUGGUGGCUCUGGCAGGACAAGUACAGAAGGGAGACGAGUUUGUUAAAGCCAACGCUUGCAACAAGCUGACAGUGAUUGCAGACCAGAUCAGAUAUCUGCAGGAGCAGGCCAGGAAGGUUUUGGAAGAAGCAAAAAGAGACGCAGACCUCCACCACGCCGCCUGCAACAUUGUAAAGAAGCCGGGGAACAUGUAUUUCCUCUACCAGCGUCCAUCUGGACAGAAGUACUUCUCCAUCAUCUCACCUAAGGAGUGGGGACCAAGCUGCCCUCAUCCGUUUUUAGGAGCGUUCAAACUUCAGCACGACAUGUCCUGGACUCCUGUGGACGAGGUGGACAGGAGGGACGCAGAGAUCGCCAUCAUGGACAAACUUCUGAGCCAAAAAAUAGCCUUACCGUCUUACAACGGCCCCAACUUUAAAGGCCUCACUGAAUAAAAGUCUGCUGACAAGAUAAAGAACUUUUAAGAAUGGACAGAACUAAGCCAAAUAAAAGACUAAGAACAUUUUUUUAAAUAAAAAUCACUAACAUGGUGGUUGGUUAAAGUUUUCUUUGACAAACCAGACCCUACAAGGUGUAAAGUUGACAGCUUUGAUAUAUUUUUAAGUCUUAAUAGGUUUGUUUUGUUUUCAGAGCUUCUUCACCCACUGGGACAGUGUUCUGUUCAUCUGAUAACAAGCUGCCAUUUCAAUAUUUGAAACUACAGGAAUAAAGAAAAAACUAUUUCCAGUUGUUAGACUCAACAUCAGGCCGCUCUUAAUUUCCUCUCUAAAGACCCACCUCGAUAAAAACCGUGUUUCUACUGUU